AUGUAUUACCAGGUACCUCUGUCCGAGCGAGCGAAGAAGAUUUCUGCAUUUACCACCCCGUUUGGACUGUACGAGUUCCAGAGGUUGCCAUUUGGCCUUGUCAACGCCCCCAUGACCUUUCAGCGCUUGAUGGACUGUUGUUUGAGUGACAUGAACUUGGCAGAGCUGAUCAUUUUUCUUGAUGACAUUUUAGUACAUGGCUCUAACCUCCAGCAGCUAGAAGAUAGAACAAUUAGAGCUCUGGAGAGGUUGCGUAUUUUUAAACUGAAACUUGAUCCCGAUAAAUGCAUUUUUGCCACCACUGAGGUUAGACACCUAGGAUACCUCGUCUCCGCAGAAGGCAUUAGGCCAGAUCCUGAAAAGAUCGAGGUCCUGACCAAGCCGAUUCUGGGCAUCGCUGACCAGUCCCAGCCCUUCAUCCUGCAUUGUGAUGCCAGUGGCACUGGUCUUGGAGCCGUGCUGUACCAACAUCAACAGGGCAAACUUAAGCAGACAGCCCGGAACACCACGCCCAUGUCACGUGACAAUGACGUCACUGACAACUUUUCCCCAGCCGUCGAAGCUGUCGUAAGGGACCCAAACACCAUUCCAGACGGCAUCUUAGAGCCGGAGGGCGGGGAGCAAGACUUUGCCACCCUGACAGUCGACGACUGGCGGAGGUUACAGCAGCAAGACCCCCACAUAGCCGCUGUCUGCCAAGCGCUCACAGAGGGAACCGACCUGACAGUGACGGGGCCAGAGACCAGGAUAUACGCCAGGGAGAGGAAGAGCCUGAUGCUAGAACAUGGUGUGCUCUACCGGCGCGUGUCUGACGCCACAUCAACCCGGGUGCAGCUGGUGGUACCCCGCUCCAUGCGACAGGAGGCGAUGAGAGGUGUGCACGAUGAGCUCUACCACACCCACUUUGACGAUGCCAUACGACACGCACGAAUGCGUUUUUUCUGGCCGUUCAUGGCGGCUGAUCUGAAGCGGAAAAUUCAGAGCUGCGAACGGUGCGUUCGCAGUGGGACGCAUGCGCAGAAAGCGCCCAUGUCAACCAUCGUGACAUCACACCCACUGGAGCUGCUGACCAUAGAUUUUCUCACCAUUGAGGUCAAAGGUGAAAAGCAGAACAUACUGGUCAUCAUGGACCAUUUUACGAAGUUCGUGCAAGCAAUACUGACGAAAGACCAAACAGCACGAACGACAGCCAGGGCUCUGUGGAACGACUUCUUCAUGACUUAUGGAUUCCCCGGCAGAAUUUUGUCUGAUCAAGGUCGGGACUUUGAGUCAAAACUCAUCCAAGAACUGUGCAGUCUGGCCGGAAUCGAGAAAUGCAGGACCACACCCUGUUACCCUUGUGGGAACCCUGUGGAAAGGUGGAACCGAACGCUGAUCAGUAUGCUGCGAACUUUAGAGACUGAACAGAAGAAAGACUGGCGGAAACACUUGAAGUCUGUAGUGCACGCCUACAACUCGUGCAUACACAGCAGCACAGGAUUCUCACCCUCCUACCUGUUCUACGGACGGUAUCCGAGACUGCCAGUCGACCUUUGCAUUUGGCCUGGACAUAGGGAAGCGACAAGGGAAGAGCUGCAGGCAGUAUGUGCAGGACUUGAAAGAAAGCCUCCGUAG